AUGGCUACGGAAACCGCCAGGAAGCGUCUCAGGUUCAAUGAUAUGGGGACAGUGACUACCAUAUAUGUCGGCCCUGAGGAGGAGAUAUUUAUCAUCCAUUCGUCCUUCCUCACAGAAGCCUCGGCCUUCUUCAAAGCCGCAAUUACGGGCAACUUCAAGGAGGCCACUGCCAAUGCGAUCAAAUUGCCAGAAGAGUGUGUCGAAACGUUCGAGCACUUUGUUCGAUGGCUCUACCGUGGUUGCAGGGAUGAACUCAUACCAACUAACGACCUUUCCAUCUGCGGCGCAAGGAUUAAGAACAUCAUCGAUCUCUAUGUCUUCGCUGAUAAGAUUGGUUGCCAGGAACUAAAGCAAGUAAUGGUUAGAGAACUGUACCUCCUGGUAUUGAAGAGUGGGUCACUCUGCUACCCUUUGGACUCCGUGGGGUACCUCUAUAGCCGUCCCAUCACCGCAGAGCCGUUACGAGAGAUCACGGUCGCUUUUUAUGUCUGGUACAUUAACAUCGAGUCAUUCGAGGCGAAUGAGGACGUGGGAGAACUGCUGGUCAAAGCACCAGAAUUUGCAAAGGAAGUAUUGAUAGAGAUGAGCAGAAGAUACGGAAAAAAGAAAGCUACGAACCCUCUGGAGAAGGGCGUUGAUCAUUUCCUGGGCAAGACAUGA